CCAACGCAACGAAAGAAAAAAACAGAACACCGUAAGUGCCGUGAUUGGGGCAGCCCCAACGAAACGAAGUGCAACCGGGCGUUACGCUGCACAGUGGAGAAAAAUAGUUCAGUGCAUUCCAGUCCGUGCGAGUUGUGGACGCGUAAUUCACCAGAAGGCUGCUGAACGUAGUGCUGCUGGUGCCCUUGAAAAGUUGAUGGUGGUUAAAAUGGCGAAAAGCGCCACUAGGAAGCUAGGACUGGUGUGGGCCUCGCUCGUGCUCCUGUCGGCGGUGGCACUGGCCGGGGGUGCAGCGGCACCGAACUAUGAUUCGAAAGCCAUCCAGUGCUGCACGCAGGGCUACAUGAUCGACGGUAAGGCCCAGCGGUGCAACCGGGCGGACGGGAACUACAGCGCACCGAUGGCGCUCAGCUGCAACGCCAGCUACAUGAUCUUCCGCGACAUGGAGCAGGAGGUGUACGUGACCGAGGUGGGCGAUAUGAUCGACGGAGAGGCUCGGGUCCCGCGAGACGAAUUCUGUGUCGGCCACACCGUGUCCGAGGAUCACGCCCAGGGCGUGUUUGUGGUGUGCUUCAACGUGUCCCACCUGGACUCGCUGGCCUCGAUGCUGGUCGCCAAGGGCACCAUGCUGUUGGUGUCCGUCGUCUUCCUGCUCGUCACCCUGUACAUCUACUACAUCAUUCCGGAUUUGCGCGAAACGCAGGACAAGGUCACGUCGACGGCGGUCGGCAGUCUGGCGGUGUUUAUGUUUCUGCUCAGCCUCAUCCAGCUGUACGUGCCCAUGGUUCACACCCCGUUCUGCACCGUGAUAGCGUUCCUGAUGUACUUCUUCCUCGUGAGCUAUUUCGCCUGGUUGAACAUGGUCAUGGCUAACGUAUGGAAAUUGACGGUGGCGCGCCGAUGGAAGAUCAAGGAACGAUCCUGGUACAUCUUGAACCACAUCUACGCGGUAACCGUCGCACUGACGCUGACGGCCAUGGUUUACAUCUAUCACAGCCGGUACCCGACGUUCGGGGAGCACUCCUGCUGGUUCCGAACCGAACGGGAGCAGUCGUACUUCGUCUAUCUGCCGCUGAGCGUGAUGCUGAGCAUAAACAUUUUCCUGUUCGUCUGGACGAGCAUCCAUCUGCACUCGAGCGGCGACGAUAUCAGCCCGGACCGGAAGAAGGCCCUGCGGUACAAGUGCAUGCUGUACUUGAAGCUGUUUCUGCUGUCCGGUCUCAUCUGGAUAUUCGAGAUACUGUCCUUCCACAUGGGCGAAGGGUUGGUGCCGCAGUCUUGGUUCUGGAUCGUGGUCGACGCCGUCAACUGCCUGCACGGGGUGCUGAUAUUUUUCGUGCUCAUCGUCUGGCGGCAGCGCAUCAAGCGCGAGCUGGCCAACCGGCGAGUGUUUUGCUUCCGUGCCCCGGCCCGGUGGGCCGAGCUGAAGGACGACGAGCAGGAGCACCUGCACGAGGACGGUCGAGACACCGGAAAGUAUGACCUUAUCAUCAAGUAAACAUGGAACGCGGCCACGCGGUGGAGCCAGGUGGGGCGGACCCCGUUCCCCGAUAACCAGUGUGUUGGACGUGGACAUAGUUGCUUUUAGCACCAAAAACGGUUUCCCCACAGUAUCCAGCAGCAAACCCAGUGAAGUGGCGCAUCGAUUUGUUAAACUGGAAAAUGGAUCACCAUUCGUUAAGCAUAGGCGCCGUAGGCUAGAGUUAGGGGACGAGGAGGUAACGCGCGGGGGGGUUUCUUAUAUACGCCAAACGCCAAACACAGUUAUUGAAGUUGCGUCAAACAUACAACUUAUUACUACGAAUGCCUUGGUAUUGCACCGUGUGCAACUUAAGGUUUGUGUCAGUUGAAUUAGUGUAAGGAUUAAUGGAAGUGCGUCUGCAGGAAUUUGAAUAA